UUUAAUUCCCACCAGUGUAUUUGUAUUUACUUCGAACACUGUGUUGGAUUUUUGUACUUUUACGUAAAACCAAAGGAUGGUCACUCAGCACCAGUGUCGUUGGGAAUAAUCUGUUAUUUAUCCGGCAACAUUUUAAUCCCCGAAAGUGACACUAGUCCACAUCUUUUUUUUCUUUUUCUCCUCCUCCUCCUCCUCCCUCUUUCUUUGUCGCUCUCCAGUGUUACGCGGCCACUGUGCGCGGAUGGAUGUGACGCGCUGCUGAAACAGAGCUGCGAUCUGCGUGUGAGACCUUCGGUAUCUGCUGGAGCAGCUGGGAGAAGUUUGACUGCGCAUCGUCUUGUGUGGAAUGGGUGAUGGAAUGUGCGACAGCUUUACAAUGAGGCGUCUGUGGGUCUGUGUCUUACUGGCGAGCAUCACCUGCCGUCUGAGCAUCUCGCAGGAUGUAACUGGAACUCCCAAAGAGGCAGAAUUAAACGACAACAUCACCAUCUUCACCCGCAUCCUGGACGGACUGCUGGAUGGAUAUGACAACAGACUCCGCCCUGGACUGGGAGAAAAGGUGACGGAGAUCAAAACCAACAUCUUUGUCACAAGCUUCGGUCCAGUGUCUGACACUGAAAUGGAAUACACUAUUGACGUGUUUUUCCGCCAAAGCUGGAAAGAUGAGAGACUGUGUUUUAAAGGCCCGAUGGAGAGACUUCCCCUGAAUAAUCUCCUGGCCAGUAACAUCUGGACCCCCGACACCUUCUUCCUCAACGGCAAGAAAUCCAUUGCCCAUAACAUGACGACACCCAACAAACUGCUGCGGCUCAAAGACGACGGAACGCUCCUCUACACCAUGAGACUGACGAUAUCAGCAGAAUGCCCCAUGCAGCUGGAGGACUUCCCAAUGGACGCCCAUGCUUGCCCUCUUAAAUUUGGAAGCUAUGCUUAUCCAGUCUCAGAGGUGGUCUACACAUGGACACAGGGAGCAGCCAAAUCAGUGGUGGUGGCAGAGGAAGGCUCUCGGCUCAAUCAGUACCAUCUGAUUGGUCAGACUGCGGGGACGGAGGACAUCUACACCAGCCGAGGUCAAUACACUGUGAUGAUGGCUCACUUUUACCUGAAGAGGAAGAUCGGUUACUUUGUCAUCCAGACCUACAUGCCUUGCUUCAUGACCGUCAUCUUGUCCCAGGUUUCCUUUUGGCUCAACAGGGAGUCUGUUCCAGCACGGACUGUCUUUGGUGUGACCACAGUGCUCACCAUGACAACUCUCAGCAUCAGUGCUCGAAACUCGCUGCCUAAAGUGGCUUAUGCUACUGCCAUGGACUGGUUCAUCGCUGUCUGCUAUGCCUUUGUCUUCUCUGCCCUCAUUGAAUUUGCAACAGUCAACUACUUCACCAAGAGGAGCUGGGCCUGGGAUGGAAAAAAGGCAAUGGAGGCCCAACAACCCAAGAAAAAAGACCCUUUGGCUCUGUCUAAAAAGCCAAACAACACAUGCUCAGCUGGUGUGAAUUAUACUACCAACCUUACAAAGGACACAUCUAUCUCCACCAUUUCAAAUAGCACAGCUGUUCAGCUCAAACCCUCUGAAACCAAGGCCCCAGACCCCAAAAAGACUUACAACAGUGUGAGCAAGAUUGACAAGAUGUCCAGGAUAGUGUUCCCAGUCCUGUUUGGGACUUUCAACCUGGUGUACUGGGCCACGUACCUCAAUAGAGAACCAGUGAUCAAAGGGGCUGUGUGAGCUCUGCGAUGCUAAGCACUUAGUCCUUGUAUCAUAGUUGUGUUUUCUUAGGUCAUUGGGUUACAUUGCAUGUCUGUUGCUUCAGGAAAAGGUUGCCAUGUUUGCCUUAGGUUUGUACAUAUAGGAUUAUCAACUUUUCCUCACAAAGUUUAGUUCAUCUCAUUUUAGAACUCAGUCACAGAUUUAGGUUCUGCCACAUUCUGAUUUAUUUUUAAGUUAAGCAUUUGGCAUACUAUUUUUUCCUUGAUUCUACAGUAGAUGAUGGUAAAACAAGGCCAAAUGCUAUGCAAAAACAAAAUUUUUACUGUUAUUACUCAAAACCGGCUUUUAUCUUUGUAACUCUUACUUUGUACAAAUGGGCUGGAGGUCCAGGUAUGCAAGGCUGGACCCAGGCACAUGGAACUUUGCCUCCUUGUUAAAAGCAGUUGAAUAGCCAUGCUAAAUGUGUUGCCUUCAGAGUGUGAUAACUCAUUAUGAAUGCACUGAAAUCUCCUGCAAUUCAUUUUUCUGAAGUUUGAAACUUUCAUUAUACUUGUCAUGAUACAGUACAGAUGCUUUUUGCUCACCUUUUGCUACUUCUCUGAAUCUAGAAUGGCUAGUUUUCCAUUAAUAUAAUUUUUCUGCUUAUGUAGAAAUUACACAGGGACAGAUUUCAAGCUAAAGAUAUAGUGGCAGCUUAUGUUUCCAUGUUAUGAAAUCAUGUAUGUACGUAUGGUCGUAGUUGAAGAAACAUGUAUUUGUAUAUAUGCUCUGCUUUUAGAAAAGCAUCACUUAGCCAGUAAGGUUAGCUUCAAUGUUAUGCAUAUACAGCAACACAGUGUUACUCUAGUCUAAUGCUUCAUUGACUGGAUGUUGAAAAAAAAAGAAGAACAGAAUAGCUUAAGCUUUAGCAAUUUUGACAGAAUUUAUGAUGCUUUUUUAAAUAUUUUCUUUUAUAGAUAAGUUUGUUUCUAUACGCUUUUAUGACAACUUGCAAAUAUUCUUGAUACACAUUUGGAUGCUCUGAGCAGGAUACAUUUUUUUUGUCAUAAUGAACUUAUGUGGUUAAGAGAUUGACCUGAGCUGAUCAGGUUAUCAGGCUUAUCAGAGACAAACAGUCCCAAUGACAAGGUUGUUGAAUUUUAAAUGUUUAUCAUUGUAAACAAUGGAAAGGUUGCUACAUUUAGGGUUUCAGGCCAAAGUGUAAGAUCAAGUAUUGAUAUCAAUCUCUCAAUGGAGACCACUUUUUUAAAAGAUUAGUUUGACACUUGGAGAAAUUUGCUUAUUUGCGUUCUUGCCAGGAGUAAGAGGAGAAGGUUGAUACCACUCACACGUCUGUGCUGUAAAUCUGAAGCCAUGGUCAGUAGCUGGUGAGUUUAGCUGAAUAUAAAGACUUGAAUAAAGGUUAGUCGAUUGAAGGAAGCUAUUUUGGAAAUAUGUUAAUUUGCUUAUAUCCAAAAUAGUUAAAUAAGAAGAACGAUAGUUUCAUGUUGAUAGAAAAUGAAUAUAACAAUACUUAGCUUAUAAUAAAGAAAAGAGGAAGUGGUCAUCUCAAACUAAGAAAUGUAUUAAAGUAAGAAAAAACUGCGGGUCACAAACAAUAGUUUUUUUAAAUGUCAGUUAUUGUCUCAAUUUAGGUCAGAACAAGUUGUGUAAUUAUUUACUGGUGUUUUUAGGAGGAUGGUUUUUCCUCGGAGACAUGGUUUCCUCCAUCUUCAUCAAGUCUUCAUGCUGAGAUAAGAUAACUGCUGUCGGCCCGUAGCUUUAGUGCACAGAUGUGAGAGUGGUCAGUAUUCCUUUGCUGGAAACAAAUUUAAACUCAUAAAGUCGAGCGUUUUGCAUGAUUGUCACAGCGAAGGCUGCAUGCACAACAUACACUUGGGCAGAGGUAGCUUCGCUGACCUCGUAGUUCUCCAAGAUUUACAUCUUAAGCCUCUUGUCUGUGUGGCUCCAUGAACAAUUGAAAUAUGAGCAUGAUCUACUCAUGUGACUUUAUGACUUCUGUGUGGCCUGCCACUAUUCAAUACAAAUCUAUGGAGCACACCAGUGGUAUUGUAUUAUGAUUAUUACAUUUAAGGGAAUUUUAGGUAGAGGCUGUUCUUUAAAUGCAAAUAUCUGAAGCAAUAAAUAAUGCUCAUAUGAAUAAUGAUUUCUUUUUAUGGUAAUGUGUUCUCAUUUGACCUUCAUUUUGUUGAUGUCUUUUUAUCCAGAUUUGAUCCUUUUGGCAAUAGUCUUUUUCUAUUUAUGGUAACACUCUGAUUCAAUUGAGCCCUUUCCUCUUUGGA